AUGGACUUUCGCGUUGCACAAUAUGCUAGAAAUCCUGCCAGCAUAGGCAUCGACCCGCCUACUCACACCGCUGAUAUUGAACCUGUCAUGACCAUCUUCUCGGCUGUUUCUUCAACUGUUGCCGCCAUGACAGCUUCAAGUACUACGGCCACACCCACGUCUGCACCCGACUCACCACACGAUAGCCCAGAAGGUGAAUGCCAGCUCCUCGGCUCCUUUGCCCUGAUAGUUCAAGCGGCAUUGGGAGCCUUGGCUUUGCUGUCGCUGGUGUAUAAGCGGUACAGAGAGCGUCCGCAACGACCACUUAAGAUUUGGUUCUUCGACGUGUCCAAGCAAGUGUUUGGCUCUGUCCUGGUGCAUAUUGCCAACAUCUUCAUGUCUAUGCUUACAAGCGGCCGGUUUUCGAUAAAGCUAGAACCGGGCGCAGUGCAGGCACGGGGCGACGACCCCUACGUACCCAACCCUUGCUCAUUCUAUCUCCUCAACCUAGGUAUUGACACAACACUCGGUAUCCCUAUUCUUAUUAUUCUCCUGAAAAUCAUCACCGGCCUCGUGGCCUUGACACCGCUCGGCAAACCUUUCGAGUCCAUCCAAUCGGGAAACUACGGCAACCCCCCCAGCUCGUGGUGGUGGCUCAAGCAGUCCGUCAUCUACUUCUGCGGCCUCUUCGGCAUGAAGAUCUGCGUCCUCAUCAUCUUCAUUGUCAUGCCCUGGAUCUCCAAAGUCGGCGACUGGGCCCUCUCCUGGACCGAAGGCAACGAAAGACUCCAAAUAGCAUUCGUCAUGAUGAUCUUCCCGCUCAUCAUGAAUGCUCUGCAAUACUACAUCAUCGACUCGUUCAUCAAGAUGAAGGAACCAGAGCACGAACGCCUCCCUUCCGACGAGCCAGACCACGACAUCCCAAGAUACCGGGGCACUCGGUUACGCAGCCAAGCCGAAGGUAGCGAUGCAGACGACAACGACAGCGACUUUGAUAGCCGCAGCCGCCCGCUCCGGUCCAAGAACGGCCUUGAGAGCAAUGUACAGGAGGAAUAUGACCCCGAUGUGGAUGGGGACGCGCCCACCGUUAUAGGAAGUAGUUCUAGCCGGGGAAGGUUGGAUCGGGCCAAGGUAUCCACGGAGUUGUAUCCCAAGGAAUAA